GGGAGGGAGCUCCCUUGGUUACUGUACGCCUUUGCUGCUACUCUUCCUCAGCUCCAGGAGCCCAACCAACUCUGUCCAGGAGCUCUGGCACACUCCUAGAGGGAAGGCAGCUCACCAGUCGGCAGCAUACAGCUCCAGUGCCACCAUGACCCACCUGUGGCUGCUGCCGCUGCUCCUGUCCCUGGCUCUGUCCAGUGUCUCCAUAAAUCUUGGCCAGCCAGCUGCAGCAGAAGUGGACAGUGAGGAGCGAGGUCGUCUGGAAGAUAUCUUGCAGAGGGCUGAGCACCUCUUUCUCCAGUCAAACCUGCAGAAACUAGAAGAGGAAGGAGAGGACAACUCAGAGCUGCAGGCCCCCCAACUAGACUGGCUUGUGAAGAGACAACAUCCUGGGAAGAGAUUCUCUGAGGUCUUUGAGAAGAGGCAGCAUCCAGGCAAAAGGGAGGAAGAUGAGGCAGAGGAGGAAGAAGCGGGGGAUGGAGGGGCCGCCAUGGAGGUCCACAAGCGCCAGCACCCAGGCAAGCGUGAGGAGGAGGCCUGGGAGGCUGAUGGCAAGCAGCAGAAGAGGCAGCACCCAGGCCGGAGGGCCUCCUGGGUCAAGGACAGUGAGGGGGAUGUGUCCAAACGGCAGCACCCGGGCAAACGGAACCCGGGCCCUGAGGGCCAAGGCCCUGCCUUCCUCUGCAGCCCCCGGGGGGCCUCCCACUGUGGCCUCUUACUAGAGCUCUUGGAUGACCUCAGGAGGGGCCCGGGGCCUGAGAAGAGGCAGCACCCGGGGAGGAGGUCACCCUGGGGAGAAGAGGGAACAGACGGGGAAGAGGACUAAUGCCCAGCCAGUCUGAAGGGAAAAGGUUCAGGCCUCAGUGUAUGGUCUCUGAGUGUGGCAGGAAUAAUUCCCACAAGCUGGUUUUCUUUUCUUUCACUUAGUCUUCUCAAUCCCUUGCUAGUGACAUGGCCAGGAUAUCCCUAAUCCCUAGGUGCCAAUUCCCAAAUCUCUGAGGGCCUGGGAAUGGAGAAUGGGGGUGGGGAGGAAGGUAGAUUCUACCCCUUAUUAUUGCAAGCCCCGUGUCCCCCAACCCCCUUUCUAAGGUCCCCUGGGUUAUUUUGGCUCAUCAUCAGCAUCUCUCGGGUUAGGGGGUAAAUGAGGGACCCUUUGCCACUAUGUUUGAGUGGACUGGAGCCUGUCAGGCAGGAAAGGACAUGGAGAGAGUGCAGAUGGGCCUGACCAAAACUUGAAAGGUGGUGGUGUCCAAGCCUCUGGCCAUAGUCCAUGAGGCCAAAGCCUUUCCCUGUCUCAGCCCAGGCCAGGCUGUCUGCUGGCAGCUGAGAUGUUUCUGCUUCCUGUUUCCUGGGUUCCAUUAGAUUUGGGCCAGUCCUUCUCUGGCGAGGGUAAGAUUCUCAGCAAUAGACGAGGGCCAAGAGGGUGGGCAUGAUCUGUCUCCCCUUCUCUUAAUCCAGACAUUCUGUGAAACGGUCGAAAGCAGCAGCUGGCCCAUUUACAAUGCCCUGUCACCCUUCCUCCUUGCCUGUGUCUACCCAGGUCAUCCUUAAUGACCCAUAGAAUCCUCAUGCCCUCCCUUUGAGUAUGAGCAAGACCUGAGGCAGGGAAGGAAAGAUGAGCAGCAGGUGGUGGGCAAAGCUCAGGCAGGGAAAUGGGAAGGAGAGGAGCUGCCAGUCCCCAAACAUCACUGGGUGAAAGAAACCCCAGAAGAGAAUCAACAGGUCACUAGGGGGCUCCUUGAAGACCCUCGGUGAUCUCGUCCUUGUCUUUCCUUCCCUCCGAACAGAGACUUCACAAAUUUCCUUCUUCCCUGGCCAAAGGUACUGCUCCCCCUGCCACCCCUCCCUGUGUUCAUUUCCCUGUUCUGUCCCCUUGUUGGGCAUCCCCUGGCAGUUUGCUAAUAUGGUCAAAUCACAUAAAACCCCUCCUUGGUUGAAAAAACAAAAUUAAAUGAAAGUGGAAAAGCUAUGUUUCUAGGCAAAGCUCUCUUGUGGUAUAGUGAUGUUGGCUAUGGGUAAGAAUGUUUGUACAUAUGAACAUUUUAAUAUCAAAGUGGAAGUGUGACUUAUACAUUCACACCAGUCCCUUUGGAAGCCUCAUAAUACUAAUAAAAAUUGCA